GAAAGGCGCGCGGAGCUAGCAAGGGCGGCCGCGAAGAGAGCGCGCCCAGCCGUGCCCGCAAGGGAGAGGGCGGCGCCCCAGCCGAGCAAUGCAGCGAGAGCAAACUUGACUCGAAGAUGGGGAAGAAGUGGAAGAGCCCGAGUGAGGUGGAGAAAGGCUGCUCGGAGCAGCCGGCGGAAGCGGGCAGGAGACGGAGCAGGAGCUCCAGCCGGGGGAAGUUUGCUGAGUCCUGGAAAAGGUUAAGCUCGAGGCAGGGUUCCACCAAGCGGGCUGGGCUCGCCUCCCAGCAGGCGCCGGCUCAGAAAUCAUGGAUAGAGAGAGCAUUUUACAAGAGAGAAUGUGUUCAUAUCAUACCCAGCACCAAAGACCCCCAUAGGUGUUGCUGUGGGCGUCUAAUAGGUCAACAUGUUGGACUCACUCCAAGUAUCUCCAUUAUUCAGAAUGAGAAAAAUGAAAGCAGACUCACUCGAAAUGACAACCAGUCAGAGAAGUGGUCCAUCAGCAAGCACACUCAGCUCAGCCCAACUGAUGCCUUUGGGACCAUUGAGUUUCAAGGAGGGGGUCACUCCAAUAAAGCCAUGUAUGUACGUGUGUCUUUUGACACAAAGCCUGAUCUUCUUCUACACCUGAUGACAAAAGAGUGGCAGCUUGAGCUCCCCAAGCUUCUCAUCUCUGUGCAUGGAGGUCUUCAGAAUUUUGAACUUCAGCCAAAACUCAAGCAAGUCUUUGGGAAAGGUCUGAUUAAAGCUGCCAUGACAACUGGAGCAUGGAUAUUCACUGGAGGAGUAAACACAGGAGUCAUUCGGCAUGUUGGAGAUGCAUUAAAGGAUCAUGCCUCAAAAUCCCGAGGGAAGAUCUGCACCAUUGGUAUAGCCCCCUGGGGAAUUGUAGAGAACCAAGAGGACCUGAUUGGCAAAGAUGUGGUCCGACCGUACCAGACAAUGUCCAAUCCUAUGAGUAAACUGACAGUACUCAAUAGUAUGCACUCCCAUUUUAUUCUGGCUGACAAUGGGACUACUGGCAAAUAUGGAGCAGAAGUGAAACUUCGUAGACAGCUGGAAAAGCACAUCUCACUUCAGAAGAUAAACACAAGAAUUGGGCAAGGGGUUCCAGUGGUGGCACUUAUUGUGGAAGGAGGGCCCAAUGUUAUCUCUAUUGUCUUGGAGUACCUACGAGACACUCCACCUGUUCCUGUUGUGGUAUGUGAUGGCAGCGGCCGGGCGUCUGACACUGCAUUUGGUCACAAAUAUUCAGAAGAAGGAGGACUUAUCAAUGAGUCUUUGAGAGACCAGUUACUAGUUACUAUCCAGAAGACUUUUACCUACACUCGAACCCAGGCACAGCACCUCUUCAUAAUCCUCAUGGAGUGCAUGAAGAAGAAGGAGCUGAUUACAGUAUUUCGCAUGGGAUCGGAAGGACACCAGGACAUUGAUUUAGCUAUCCUGACAGCUUUACUAAAAGGAGCUAAUGCGUCUGCUCCAGACCAACUGAGCCUAGCUUUGGCCUGGAACAGAGUAGACAUCGCUCGCAGUCAGAUCUUUAUUUAUGGGCAACAAUGGCCGGUGGGAUCCCUUGAGCAGGCAAUGCUAGAUGCCCUGGUGUUGGACAGAGUGGAUUUUGUGAAAUUGCUUAUUGAGAAUGGAGUAAGCAUGCAUCGGUUUCUCACCCUCUCCCGACUAGAGGAACUGUACAAUACGAGACAUGGACCAUCCAACACUUUGUAUCAUCUAGUGAGGGACGUCAAAAAGCGAGAAUAUCCAGGUUUCGGUUGGAUCUAUUUUAAGGGUAACUUACCUCCGGAUUAUAGGAUAAGUCUGAUUGAUAUUGGCUUGGUAAUUGAGUACCUGAUGGGAGGAGCUUAUCGCUGCAACUACACACGAAAACGGUUCAGAACCCUCUACCACAAUUUGUUUGGACCCAAGAGACCAAAAGCCCUGAAACUUCUGGGAAUGGAGGAUGACGUCCCUUUGCGAAGAGGAAGGAAGACCACAAAGAAACGAGAAGAAGAAGUGGAUAUUGAUUUGGAUGAUCCUGAGAUUAACCAUUUCCCUUUCCCCUUCCAUGAGCUGAUGGUGUGGGCUGUGCUGAUGAAGCGUCAGAAGAUGGCCCUCUUUUUCUGGCAGCAUGGGGAGGAGGCUAUGGCAAAGGCUCUGGUGGCCUGUAAACUCUGCAAAGCCAUGGCCCAUGAGGCAUCAGAAAAUGACAUGGUGGAUGACAUAUCCCAGGAGCUGAACCACAACUCCAGGGAUUUUGGCCAGCUGGCGGUGGAGCUGUUGGACCAAUCGUACAAGCAGGAUGAGCAGCUGGCAAUGAAACUGCUGACCUACGAGCUGAAGAACUGGAGUAAUGCCACGUGCCUGCAGCUUGCGGUGGCAGCCAAGCACCGAGAUUUCAUUGCUCACACUUGCAGCCAAAUGCUGCUCACAGACAUGUGGAUGGGCCGGCUCCGGAUGCGCAAAAAUUCAGGUCUAAAGGUAAUUCUAGGAAUUCUACUUCCUCCUUCAAUUCUCAGCUUGGAGUUCAAGAACAAAGAUGACAUGCCUUACAUGUCUCAGGCCCAUGAGAUCCAUCUACAAGAGAAGGAGCCAGAGGAAUCAGAAAAACCUGUAAAGGAAAAGGAAGAGGAGGACAUGGAACUCACAGCAAUGUUGGGCCGAGGGAAUGGAGAAUCAUCAAGAAAGAAGGAGGAGGAAGAAGUUCAUAGCAGACACAGACUGAUCCCUCUUGGAAGAAAGAUAUACGAGUUCUACAAUGCACCCAUAGUUAAGUUUUGGUUCUACACGUUGGCAUACAUCGGGUACCUGAUGCUAUUCAACUACAUUGUGCUAGUGAAGAUGGAUCGUUGGCCUUCUACACAGGAAUGGAUAGUUAUUGCCUAUAUUUUCACACUGGGAAUAGAGAAGAUGAGAGAGAUAUUGAUGUCAGAACCUGGGAAGCUGUUACAGAAGGUAAAAGUGUGGCUCCAAGAGUACUGGAAUGUUACAGACCUCAUAGCCAUUCUCCUGUUCUCUGUCGGAAUGAUACUUCGUCUGCAGGAUCAGCCAUUCAGGAGUGAUGGGCGAGUCAUAUACUGUGUUAACAUAAUUUACUGGUAUAUACGUUUGUUAGACAUCUUCGGCGUGAACAAAUAUUUGGGACCAUAUGUUAUGAUGAUUGGGAAAAUGAUGAUAGACAUGAUGUAUUUUGUCAUCAUUAUGUUGGUGGUUCUGAUGAGCUUUGGUGUCGCAAGGCAGGCAAUUCUUUUUCCCAAUGAAGAGCCUUCGUGGAAGCUGGCAAAGAACAUUUUUUACAUGCCCUAUUGGAUGAUCUAUGGGGAAGUGUUUGCAGACCAGAUAGACCCUCCCUGCGGCCAGAAUGAAACCAGAGAGGAUGGCAAAAUAAUCCAGCUGCCCCCCUGCAAGACAGGAGCAUGGAUCGUUCCCGCCAUCAUGGCAUGCUACCUCUUGGUUGCAAAUAUCCUUCUGGUGAACCUCCUCAUUGCAGUUUUUAACAACACAUUUUUUGAAGUCAAAUCUAUAUCCAACCAAGUGUGGAAAUUUCAGAGGUAUCAAUUAAUCAUGACAUUUCAUGAAAGGCCAGUCCUACCACCACCUCUGAUUGUUUUCAGCCACAUGACUAUGAUUUUUCAACACCUUUGCUGCAGAUGGCGGAAACAUGAAAGUGACCAAGAUGAGAGAGACUAUGGACUAAAACUGUUCAUAACUGAAGAUGAACUAAAAAAAGUGCAUGACUUUGAGGAGCAGUGCAUAGAAGAAUAUUUUAGAGAAAAGGAUGAUAGAUUCAAUUCUUCCAAUGAUGAAAGAAUCCGCGUCACUUCUGAAAGGGUAGAGAACAUGGCCAUGCGCCUGGAGGAGGUGAACGAACGAGAACAUUGUAUGAAGGCUUCACUUCAGACUGUAGAUGUCAGGCUUGCUCAGCUGGAGGAUAUGAUAGGACAAAUGGCUGCAGCCUUAGACAAGCUGACUGGUAUAGAGAGAGGGGAAACUACUAAGGUACACUCUAGAACCUCCUCAGACUGCACAGAUGCAGCCUACAUUGUGAGACAGAGUAGCUUCAAUAGCCAGGAAGGGAACACUUACAAGCUUCAAGAGAGUAUAGAUCCUGCAGGAGAGGAAUCAAUGUCCCCAACCUCUCCUACCGUCACGCCUCGCUUGCGAAGCCACUCUUUCUAUGCAGUGAAUAUGAAGGACAAAUGUGGGUUAGAAAGGUUGGAAAAUAUUUUUAAAGAAAAGUCUGCGAGCCUGCAUCGAGCGAGUAGCUCGCACUCUGUAUCAAAAGAAGCAAAAGUACCGUUAGCCCCUACAAGCACUUUGUCAAUUGUCCCAGACUCCAGAAGGCCUUCGUCUUGCAUAGAUAUUUAUGUUUCUGCCAUGGAUGAGUUGCAUUCUGGUAUAGAACCUCUCGACAGUUCAAUUAAUAUACUUGGUACCAGAGACCCAUCUCUGCAGGCUCAAAUAGCCUCUUCUGUUCUGGCAAACAGUGUGUAUAUUAGCAGUACUCCUAGUGACAGAAUUUCUGGCAGGAGCAUUGAUUGUGAGGAAACCUCUACAAUGGAAACAAGAGUGUUUUCUUCAGACUAUUCACAUAGCACAGAUAGCCAAAACCUCUGGGAUUCAGACCCUCCAUUGUAUCAGACCUUAGAGCGAUCUAAAAGCAGUCGCUAUCUUGCUACUACCCCAUUUAUUCUGGAGGAAACCCCAAUCGUGAAGUCUCAUAGUUUUAUGUUCUCUCCUUCUCGGAGCUAUUUUAGCAACCUUGGGGUGCCAGUCAAAACAGCAGAGUACACAAGUAUUACAGACUGCAUAGAUACCAGGUGUGUCAGUGCUCCCCAGAAUAUUGCAGAAAGAUCCAGUUUUCCUGGAAAUCAUGGAGACAAAGUGGAGGACUUGGGAUGCUGCCACCCGGAGAGAGAAGCAGAGCUAAGUCACCCAAGCUCUGAUAAUGAGGAUAUUGAGGCCAAAGACAAAAAGGGGGCUUCCUUAUCUCCUCAAGAGAGCAGCACAGCAAGAACACUGACCAACAACAUACCGCUUCCAAAAAUAGAGAGGGCCAACAGUUACUCAGCAGAUGAAUCCAGCAUGUUGUAUGCACACACAAGGAAAAGCUAUUCUAUCAGUGAUAAACUUGACAGACAGCGUAACACAAUGGGCCCACGAAAUCCGUUCCAGAGGAGUAAGUCAUCCAGGCCGGAGAGUAGAGGAGACAACUUGUCUAUGAGAAGACUGUCUAGAACAGGUGCUUUCCCUAGCUUUGAAAGCAAGCACAGCUAGACAUGCAUAACAGGAGGUCUGAGAGUCAUCUGCUCUCCAGUCCAUUUUCCUUAGCAGAAUAAAAUAACCUCACACCGUGAUAUGUCAACUAACGUCAGAGUCUGUCACUAGUCAGGUUAGCAUUUUGUUAAUCUCAUUGUCGCACACUGAGUUACUGGAUUCUGACCGAGUUGAUAUUUGCACUUAAGGAAAGAGGGAGGGAGGGAAGCUUUAUAAACACUUAAAUAAAAAAAAUAGAAAGAAAAGAAAAAAAACAUCCUCACGAAGCCUUGAGUAGGUUCAGAAAUCUGCCUUUUACUAGAAGACAUCCUAGGAUUUCUGGUAAUUAUUCAUGAGUUUCUAGGACACAGGGCUAAAUUGGCAAAAAGAAAAGCCAACAAAUGAGACACUCUAAACUGAUUUCUUUUUACAUCAGUUCCAUCAUUGCAAUGACUGAGGAAGAGCAUCAUUGUAGUCUAUAGAAACAAGCUGUAAGCAAAGCCUAAAGCUCCCCCACUGCGGCAACUAAUCAUUGUGAAGAUAAACAAGGCAACAAUCAUAUAGUUCACCUGUCUCUUUUUGUAUUGAAUUCUGGUGCCACAAAGUGUUUAUAUUUUCAAGAUGGGAAAGGAAAAAGAACUGCUUUUUGUAUUGCAAUGUAAAUGAAGGAGGACUAUGUAAAAAAAAAAAAAAAAAAAAAAUUUGUCAGGUGGUUUCCUGUACUAAACAGGCAUUGUGGUACAGUUGAGCCAAGCUCAGGAUGAAUGUAAUUAAGUGGAAUAGUAUAUAUUUAUUUUUUUACCACAUUUGUCAUCAAUAUAUUGUCUCAAUAAAUUAAAUGAUGUCAUGGAACAGUAAGAAUAAUGGGCUGAGAUGCUCAACAGAUCAGGAGUGAUAUUUUCACUGUUCUUUGCAACAUUUCCAUUUCUUGUAUUGUUUUCUGCCCUCCCAAAUUGCUACCAUGUUUUUCUUAUUGUCAAGCUGCUGAUUUUUCACAUCAUUAACCCAACACAAGCAUUAACAUUUUACUUAUUGAGACAGUUGUAUCUGAACACUCAAAACAUACCAUACAAAAUUUAUCAAGCAGUCUGAUUUCAGAUUACCCUUGUUUAAUGGAAAAUGGCAAAGUAUCUCAAAACAAUAAAAAAGAUUUUAGAGGUAAGCUAAAGCACCAAAGUGAAAGCUGUUAUGUGUUAACAGCAAAAGUCAUUAGUUGCAAGUAUGCUUCCAUUAAAGAGCAAGAUAGAACAAACCACAACAUGCAUUUUAAUAAAAGUUCUGCCCUCAAUUGUGUGUAUGGGACCCCAAAUGAAGUCAGCAGUAAUACGUCCUAUACAUCUGAGUGCAAAAUCUUGUUUAUGGUGUUAAUAAGGUGUUUCAUACCCUUAUGAUAGCCAUCUCUUGGUCAUAUAAAUGGAGCCUUAAAAGUAGUAAUUUUAUCACAAUUUCACAUCAUUUUAGGGGGGGGAACUUAAUCUUGAGAAGUUUGGAAGCUGUGACCAUUUGUUUAAAAAAAUAAAACAACCUCUAAAAAAACCUACCAUACCUGUGGAUCCAGGUCCUUUAUUAUUAAUGUUAACAUGGGUGGGAUUUUCAGAGUUACCUAUGGGGCAUGCCCAUUAAUUUUAGUGGGAGUUGGCCAUGAAAGUCAAGAGGCAUCUUUGAAAGUCUCAGCCUAAUUUAUCGCUAGGCAUUCAUCCCAGGGGCAUCUGAGUGAUAGGCAACAAAGCCCAACCUCAAAAUUAAAUAUCUGACCCACGAGAAGAGGCAAUGAGAGUGGGGAAGAAUGGUGAGCAAUGACUCACUUUAGGGAAAGUUGGUGAAAUAAACAAAUGCAACAUAUUGACUUUAAAAUACAAAAUGUAUUAUUUGUUAGUGCACUAAUUAUUUUCUUUUCGUACUUUGUUAAAUCAGUCCUUCUGCGAGCUAGGCUCAGCUUGAUCCACAUACUGUGUUUACUUGAUUGCCUUGAGGUCCAUGUACUGCUUUUCUGUCAUGUGUCGCUGAUCAAGGGUACAAUUUCUGACCUGUCACUUAGUGAAUUACAAAGUGUGCUUGUGAUGGGCUGAUUGUUAAACAGCUUUCCCAGGACAAUGCCAUUUUUGUUUAACAGUCUGCUUCAAAUGUGCCAAGUUUUGUAUCAGUUUGUUCCUAAGGUUUCUCUAAAUUAGCCUUUUUCUUUAUUGCUUUAAUUUAAGGAUGUUUUCUGAAACUAUUCAUAGACUUUUCCACCUUCAUCAAUAUGAUUAGCCUAUACAAGAAGAAUUAAUUUGACACACAAGGUGUGGAGAUCCCCUCUGGGUGAUUCAUUGUUAGUUUGUUGGGGUAAAGGGGUUUCCCAAUCCAGGAGCAGUAAAAUAAUUAGAAUACAGCACUUUAUUGACCUGGAACAUAAACUCCAGAUGUGCUGAACCAGGACACUUUAGUUACCUCUUUUAACUGCCAAUAUAUAUAAAUUCCACUAUAAAAAAGUAUAAUUCAAUAAUGUCAAAACUGUUCCUGAAUGUUUCCCAUUUACCUAAAAUAAGGUUUCUAUAGCAUGUAUUAUGAUGGAUGGUAGAGUAUUUUAUUUUUCUUCACUUGUUAACAUCAGUGGGAUGAGGAUUUUGCCCCCCUCUCAAAGAUGAAUGGUACCGGUUGUUAUAACUUCUUUAGCAGAGAUAAAAAAUAACUCAGCCUUCCUCAUCUUAUAACUAUAGCUUGUGCCAUAUGAUAUAUUAUGUAUUGAAUGAUAUCUUAUUAAAUAUAUAUAUAGCCCAUGUAUACUCCAGUAUGGUUUUGACAUGUGAUCAUAUAGUGAAUGUUACAGGGCAGCUUUAACAUUACAUUAUAAAGUCAUACUUUUAAAUCUGUAACAUUCAAUAAAAUAGCACAUGUUGCACUGAACAUUAAAUUCCACUAUCCAAGUUGUUAGCAUACAUAUGGAUUAUGCAUUUGUGGUCACAAUCUGUAACUGUUGUAUGUUUCACACGUCCUUCUGUACAGCGCCACUGUAAAUGUUUGUAUGAGCUGAUGUAUAAGUCUCUAAUGAGCCACUGUGAGCUGUGAUUGGUGAGUUGUGAUAGUGUGAAAGAUGAACUGGCAUGUUAUGCAAAAGAUAAGAUAAAUGAACUUUAAAUAAUAUUUUGAAACUCAGUUGACUUAGCUGUUUGUUUACAUAUGCUGGCCAAUUAAGGAAGCAGUGUACAGUAUUUUAUAAAUAUUUUCAUAUAGUAAUCUGUUCUGUUUAAGUGAUGCUAUUCUAUAGUUGGGUGUACACUUGUCCUAGAUAUUGGAUUAUAGCAUAUUAUUCUUUCACAACAAUGUGAUAUGACUGAACUAGUUUCUCUUCCUUAAAGUCCAGUCUUUUUUUGUGUCAAUGAAAAUGCAUGCAUUGUUCCAUAAACUUCUUGGGACUACUAAAAACAUUUUAUUAUUGCCUGCCUGUAAUGACGAAUCCAGUUAGGAAUUUAAUGUAAAAGUCCAAAAACAUGAUUUUUUUAUGUUAAAUCUUUAAGCAAACUAAAUAGAUUUUUAAUUUUUUGUAAACUGCACUUCAAGAUGUCAAGAAAUUGAAGUACUAAACAAAAGGUGUGAACCUACAGCAGUGCUGAGACAUUUAGUUCUCUACUUUGGAAAAGAUAAGGUGUUUCAUUACUGUUCUUGGCACACCUGUCUGGUAACUAAUGGCAGUGAGGUACAAAUUGCUAAAACAUAACCACCAGUGAGAAAAGGCUCAUUAAUCCACAUCGCAAAAUCGCUCUAGACUCCAGAUAAUUAAUGCUGAUUUAAAGACUUCUAGUGAAAAUGAAUCUGUGUAUAUGGAUGGGAUGAAUGAUUUUGUUAGGGUGGGGGUGACUUGAGAUGUAAUAUUUGUAAGAGAAGUAGAAUAUUUCUUUCUUAAAAACUGUCUGGCACCUGGAAAAUGCAAAAGUAAAGCAUGUCUGCCAAGUUUGAACAACAGUAAAAUAAGUGCCAUUCACAGAACAGGGCAUCAGUCUAAUUCAACAGUUCUGAACCGGCAGCCUGCAGGCCGCACGCAGACCAAUUAGCGCACAGCUGCGGCCAGGCCCAGCUCAGCUAUGUGGUAGAGGCCAUCCCAUGUGCCAGGGUCUCUGGUGCCCUGCUGCCCCGCUGCUCAGCACAGCAGGUCGGGAGCCCCUGGCUGACCCCACGAGCUCUGUGGUCCUGGGCAGCCAGCCCGCACCACAUGGCAGGGGUCUGGGGUCAGGGCAGCCACCCAGCCCCACAGGGUCCGGGGCGGGCAGCUGCCUGGUCUCGCACAGCAAGAGUCGCUGCAGCUGCCCUGCCACCUGGCCCCUGCAGCCCAGGUAACACAUUGUGGGCCACAUAUACGGCCCACAACGUGUAAUAAGUUGAGAACCACUGGUCUAAUUUCUGCAGUUGGAACCAGGCCUGUUCUCUUGAAAGCAAAAGUUAUCAAUUUACAAAUUUGGACGGAGCUCACUGAAAAUAAAAAAUCUCUCUUUAAACUAUUUGUUUAAAACAAGAAAAAAAGUCUUCUUGUAUUUGCUCAGGCUAUCACUUUAAGGGGAUUCAACAACCAAGAGUAAGGAAAAUAUGAGGUGGUCAUUCUUGGAUUUCCAAAGUGGGGAUUGUGAUGAUUAUGAAUUCUUCCCCCUCCCCCGCAACAACAAAGAGAAAAAGGAAAACAAAAAUUGCAUUUUUGCACAAAUCAGCCCAUUUGAGACAUUUAUUAUAAGACAGCUAAGUUAAUAUUUUUUCCUAAGAAAGGAGCCUAAGGGUAUUGUAGCAUGAGUUCUCCCUCACCAAUCUCACAUAACCAAGAGCACAUUCCAAAGAGGGAGGGAGGGAGGGCAAAAGUAAAGCAUAUGGCAGGGGUGGGGAGUUAUAGUUAGCUAAUAAGUUCCUUCAUUGCUGUACAUUAGAAUUUACCCUCCUUUCCUCUCUGGCAUAAAUGAAUACAUCACAACACAACCCCUGCACGUGAAAGGAGUGACCCUCUCCACUCCCAUGACUGUUAUGUUGCUUUAUAGCCAACUAUAGUGGCAUUUUGGAGAGCAAUACAGCAUGUUCCAUCCUUCCCCUUUCCAAGAUAGAUUAUUGGGUAGAUUCUGAUCUUUGUUACACCGGUGUAAAUCUGCAGGAAGUCUACAUCAGUGGCCUUACUGUGUAUUCACUGCAGAAUAAGAGAGAGCAGAAUUGGGCCCUGAACUUCCAACUUUACAUCACUUCUAGCCAUUACACACAUUGUCCUUAACCAGGUUUCCAGCAGGCAGUCUACUGAAUGAGCCACUGGGCCGGCCUAACUUCAGUUCAGAUAGACUGUGAAACCUAGUUAUCUGCUGCACUUUCAUUUUGAACAAGGUUCCACCAAGUUCUUACUUCAAAAGGCUCUUGAGGAAAAUGAUUGCUUAUGAUAUUGCUGCUGCUGGUAGAAAAUGGUAACUUUUGUUUAUAUGGUAGUAGGGGGUAAAUGGCUACGAAAUAUGACAAUAUGCGUGCACAACAGUUACCUGUAUUAAAGGUAUGUCCUCCUUCCACCCCUGCAGCUGUCUUAUCUGAGGAGAGUCUAUAUGCUGCUAGUGCUGUCUGGAACAGUGUUUGCAAUAUUACUGUACUAAUAACUAUGUAAUGAUGUAGUAUCUGGGUUAUCAUUUGUAAUUGUUAUACCAAACAUUUAUAAAAGGAGGAGGAAACAAUUAAAAUGUCAUUUUUAAAUGAAUUCAUAUAAAUAUGAUAGUUCUGAAUUUUGAUUUAUUCAAAUAUAUAUAUAACUAGGGAAAACUACUUUUUAAAAGGUCUACUGGAUUCACAAUGCACUUUUAGACUAUGUGGUUAGAUAUAUAAUGAAAAAGCAGAAGUUGGCUGUUACUGCAGUAGAACUUUCUGAAAUUUCUGUAACAAAUGUUUUGCAAUAAAAA